CAUCCCCUCCCUCAAAGACCCACGCUUCCAACUACUACCCUUCUGACGCUCUCCCUCUCACCUCACAACAACGCCUCACCUCUACCCUUCUUAUUUUCUUUUUCUUCUUCAAACACAUUUUGGGAUGUCAUCUGCAAUUAAGAAUACCUUGAACGCCUCCCCUCUAUGCUUCAGUUUAGUUCGAUUCUAAAAAACAUAUCCUUUCAAAUUUGUGGAUCCAUUCGAUUUCAGUUCUAAACCGAACUUUAAACACCUCUAAUUAAAAUUAUUUUAAAAAAAUAUAGUAAAAUCUAUUACCAUUUUUAUAGUACAAUAUAGUUUUGUUAUUUUGCUAUCUAUAUAGAUUCCAAACUAUUUAUGCUAUUUUCAAAUUUAUGAAUUCUUAAUUAUCCCUUCCCAACAUUAAAAUUCUAACCUAAUAUUCACUUACACAAAAGGACAAAAGCCAAGAAAGGAAUGCAAUGCAUCCAAUUCAUGGAUUUCAUCUCCAUGUGCAAAGUGUAACUCAUGCACUAAUCUCUCCUAAACCCCAAUUCUAGAUCUGAAAUUUAAACGGAAGAACGGACAAACAGAGCUCCAAGCAGCAAUGGCGGCAAUGAUACUACUCUCUGUAAUAGCCGUUAUUUUCUUCUUCCUUUUUCUUCACCUCUUCGAAUUGCUAUUCUUGAAACCGGAAAGACUACGAUCGAAGCUCCGUCGACAAGGAAUCGACGGUCCUUCCCCUUCUUUUCUCCUCGGAAACAUACCGGAAAUUAAGACCAUUAGAAGCUUAAAAUCAUUUGGUGAAGAAGAGGGUUCGAUUGCUCAUGGUUGGUCUUCCAAUCUGCUUUCCCAUUUGGAGCACUGGCGGAAUCGAUACGGAAGAAACUUUGUGUAUUCGAGCGGGACGGUUCAAAUGUUGUGCAUAACGGACGUUGAGAUGGUGAAGGAAAUUGGUAUGUCAACGACGUUAAGUUUGGGAAAGCCUGCCCACUUUUCAAAGGAUCGUGGGCCGUUAUUGGGCCUCGGCAUUUUGGCAUCAAGUGGCCCACUUUGGGUCCACCAAAGGAAGACUAUUGCUCCUCCACUCUAUCUUGAUAAAGUCAAGGACAUGACAAAUCUUAUGGUGGAAUCUGUAAACUCCAUGGUAAAAUCAUGGGAAACCAUAAUUGAAAAUGGUGGAGGAGAAUCAGAAAUCAACGUGGAUGGAUAUUUUAGAGCCAUGUCUGCCGAUAUUAUCUCGAAAGCUUGUUUCGGAAGUAAUUUUAAUGAAGGGAAAGAGAUAUUUCAAAAACUCAGAGCUCUUCAAAUUAUCAUGUCCAAAGCAAGCAUUGGUAUUCCAGGAUUCAGGUACCUCCCCACCAAAAACAAUAGACAAAUAUGGAAGCUUGAAAAGGAAGUAGAAUUGAUGGUUUUGGAUGUGGUAAACAAACGAAUCGAGCAGUGUUCGAAUGAAAAAGACCUGUUGCAGAUAAUUAUCGAGGGUGGGAAAUGUCUUAAUGAAGACGGUAACUCGUUGAAGAUAUCUAGAGACAAGUUCAUUGUUGAUAACUGUAAAAACAUAUACUUUGCUGGCCACGAGACAACAUCAAUAACAACAUCAUGGUGCUUGAUGUUAUUAGCAAUACACCAAGAUUGGCAAGCACGUGUUCGUUCUGAGGUGCUUGAAUGCUGUCAAGAUCGUGCUCUUGAUGUUGAGACCAUUAAGAACAUGAAAACGUUGACAAUGGUGAUCCAAGAGACACUUAGGUUGUACCCACCAGGAGUUUUUAUCACAAGAGAAGCACUGGAAGACAUAAGAUUCAAAAACAUCGUGAUUCCAAAAGGGGUGAAUCUUCAAAUUCCAAUCUCAUUGCUACAUCAUAGCGUUGAUAUCUGGGGCCCGAAUGCACUCUUGUUCGAUCCCCAGAGGUUCAGUAAUGGCAUCCUCAAAGCUUGCAAGAAUCCACAUGCUUACAUACCGUUUGGGGUCGGGCCUCACAUAUGCGCGGGUCAACAUCUUGCAAUGGUAGAGCUAAAAGUGAUUGUGAGCCUUAUUGUGUCAAAAUUUGAAUUCUCUCUUUCACCGGCUUAUAAGCAUUCCCCUUUCUUCAGCUUGGUUGUGGAGCCUAGAAAUGGAGUUAUUCUCAAUCUAAGGAAGCUUUGAUCUUUCUCUCUUAAUAUACUUAGUAUAUGAAAAUCUUAUAGAACUUGUGAAAUAAAUUAGUUUGUACACAAGUUAUGAGAUACAGGACAGGACAAUUUGGGUUUGAACUUAAAAUGGUAUUGAUCAUAAUUACGUUA